ACCAAAAACAAACCUGCGUGAUCUCUUCUGCGUUUGACAGCAGCAGAAAUAUAUCGAUCACAUUUGGUUACAUCACAGGACGCAGAGAUGAAUUUAUUGGCUUUUAUUUUAUAAUAACUUUUUUUUUUUAAAUGUGUUUUGGGGGUCUGGAUCGUGCAGCUCGGCCCGGACCUGCUGCUGGUUUUGCAGAUACUGUAGUGCCAACUGUGUUUUACAGUCUGUCUGCAUUGCGUCGAAACCCCCCUCCUCCUCUCCUCUCUCUCUCUCUCUCUCAAACACACACACUCCCCUCACUCACUCACUCUCUCCUAACCCCUCCCUCCCUCCUUCACUUCACUUCUCCUUUUUUUUUCCUCCUCUACAUGAAAUCCUGCAAUAUGCUUCCAAAUUACCGGGGACGCAUCCUCCGUCCGCUGCGCCGGUUCACUGCGGGAUCCCCGCUAACACCGGGUUUCAUUUAAAAGCCUCCGCUAUCUUUCUGCCGUUUAUUUUUUAUUUUCUACCGCAGCUAAAAAAAAAAAAAAGAAACAGCCCAGGAGAGAGGAGUCGCUUUCUGCUGAUGCUGCAGUGUCCAGUCCUCCCAGUCCUCCCAGUCCUCCCCAUCAGACUGGAUCCAGCUGUUUAUUUCUCGUAUCUUUCCGCCUCUUUUAUUUCCAGCAUGAUUUUAACAAAUCGUCAGUCAGGAUUUUUGCUGCUGAGCCGCGGUUCAAAGCCGUCUGAAGCCUCCUCCUCCUCCUCCUCCUGCGGGCUGCUCCGAUCGACGCUGAAAACCUACACCAAGAGGAUACGGAUGUUAACCAAGACAACAUAGUCUAUUAAUUUUUCAGACAUACUGUAAAACGAUAUCAGCAUUAAAAAGCCAAGUUGUGUUAAGGUGCGCAGGGUGAGGACAUUCCUUCCAUCUGCUGCAGCUCGUCAGCACAGGUGAAGGACAAAGUGUUACCGAGAGAAGGAAGAUGUUCAGCUCGGAGACGACGACGACGAUGAAGAUGAUGAUGAUGGAGAGGGAGGCUCUGCACAGCUACCGGCCUCAGUAGAGGCUCCUUUUGCUCCGACCUGCUGCUCCUCACCUUCACGCCGCUUCCUCUUCCUGCCCUCCGCCCACCAGGAAGGAUGACCGUGGUGUCCACGGAGAACAUGGACGAGACCUCCACCCUGCCGGGACACCCGCAGGACCCCUACCCACCCGACGAUGACCACGACGACCAUGAUUGCUGCGAGCGGGUGGUCAUCAACAUCUCGGGGCUGCGCUUCGAGACCCAGUUGAAGACUCUCGCCCAGUUCCCGGAGACUCUCCUCGGGAACCCAAAGAAGAGGAUGCGCUACUUCGACCCCUUAAGAAACGAGUAUUUCUUUGACCGGAAUCGCCCGAGUUUCGAUGCCAUCUUGUAUUAUUACCAAUCCGGGGGACGGCUAAGAAGGCCAGUCAACGUGCCCCUGGAUAUGUUCUCAGAGGAGAUAAAGUUUUACGAACUCGGCGUGGAGGCCAUGGAGAAGUUUCGAGAGGACGAGGGAUUUAUCCGGGAGGAGGAACGUCCACUGCCGGAGAAGGAGUUCCAGCGGCAGAUCUGGCUCCUCUUUGAGCACCCGGAGAGUUCGGGGCCCGCCCGGGGGAUCGCCAUCGUCUCAGUGAUGGUUAUUCUUAUUUCAAUAGUAAUAUUUUGUUUGGAGACAUUACCAGAACUGAAGGAGGAUCCCAGCGUGCGGAUUCAGAUUGUGGGGAACGUCACCGUGUAUUACAAACCAAAUUUCCUCACAGACCCUUUCUUCGUGGUGGAGACGCUCUGCAUCAUCUGGUUUUCCUUUGAGUUGAUAGUCCGUUUUUUCGCGUGUCCCAGCAAGGCGGCAUUCUUUAAAAACAUGAUGAACUCUAUUGACAUUGUGGCUAUAAUCCCGUACUUCAUCACUCUUGGAACAGAGCUGGCUGACGACCCAGACAACAAGGAGGGGAAAGGAGGAGGGGAACAGGCCACGUCUCUGGCUAUUCUCAGGGUAAUCCGCCUGGUGAGGGUGUUCAGGAUCUUUAAACUGUCGCGACACUCGAAGGGGCUCCAGAUUUUGGGGCAAACUCUGAAGGCGAGCAUGCGGGAGCUGGGCUUGCUCAUCUUCUUCCUCUUCAUUGGCGUGAUAUUGUUCUCCAGUGCCGUCUACUUCGCCGAGGCCGAGGAGAAGGAGUCGUUCUUCACCAGUAUCCCGGAUGCUUUCUGGUGGGCCGUGGUGUCCAUGACGACCGUCGGCUACGGGGAUAUGUACCCCGUGACCAUCGGAGGGAAGAUCGUGGGCUCGCUGUGCGCCAUCGCUGGAGUGUUAACCAUCGCGCUCCCGGUGCCCGUCAUCGUGUCCAAUUUCAACUACUUCUACCACCGCGAGACGGAGGGCGAGGAGCAGGCGCAGCUGCUCAACGUCAGCAACCAGAACUUGGCGUCGGACAGCAACUCAAGCCGCCGCAGCUCCUCGGUGGUCAGCAAGUCGGAGUACAUGGAGAUAGACGAGGACAUGAACAACAGCAUCGAUAACUUUAGGGAAGCGAACCUUAGGACUGCCAACUGCACGGCUCCCAGUCAGAACUGUGUGAACAAGGGGAAGCUGCUCACCGACGUGUGAGGCAGCGUCGGGCUCACCGGUGUAAAUAUUGUAGAAAUAUCUGGAUGCUUUAUCUCCAUUGGUGCAUUUUAUUCUUCUUUUGCAUUGAUUCAUUCAAACAUGUGUGAAUACUUACAGAGUUUAAAGGCGCACAUGGUACAUUUAUAAAGGUGGAGGCUCAAAAAGAGUGGAGUCGUUUGGCAAUAGUUCAAAGAUCAGCAGGUGUCGGGGGAACAUUUUUUGAUAAAGUAUUCGCUAAUUUUAGAAACUCGUCCCGUUAAAUUACUCACUUUAUUCCCUCAAGUUGAAGGGGAACUCCAACAAUUCUACACAAGAAGAUUAGUUUACUGAUAUAUAAUGUGUUUGCAGAAGCCUGAGAACAUCCGAUAGGGAUGUCAUUAGGGUUAUCUUGGCACAGAUUUGUUAUCUUUGACGUCUCUUAAAUGUAUUAUAGAAUUAAAGCUUGUUUUAGAUUAACUUGGAUAAUUUGUUAAGGAAAUCUUGUUCUUGUUGGAGCUUUUCAUGGAUACAGACGGAUGCACAAGCAAGAAGGAAACAAAGUCGUCUGAGAGGAAGAUUUAGUACAUUUGAGGGAAUUUCCCUCAAGAGGAGUUUGUUUGUGUUGCACCUUUUCAGCAACAAGUGCUGCACUCGAGACAUAAACAGUCCCGAAUUCAAUGUAAUGGAAGUCAGCUGCAAACAGAAAAGUUUGAGGAUUGAAUAUAGAGAUUCAAACUAGCUUGAGGGAAUAAUUUGCAAUUUGAGGGCACAAGAGUUUAUCAAAAAUCUCCCCGACACCUACCAGGCUUUGUGCAAUAGACUCAACUUUCAGGAUAAAAGAAAAAACAAAACAACGAAGCCCAAGUGAGAUUCGAAGAACACGUCGGAGGACGACUCGCUCCCCGAAGAAACGCUCGGAGUGGAUUACAGUUGAAGUUCGGGGCGUGUUUUUUCUGCGGCACAUCCAGGGACAUUUUUUGGAAAACUCGACGCCAGAUGUCGGUCGACGUUUUUCAGGCACCUUAUCAGAAACAAUCAGGAAGUGUGCCGAGCCUUGUGGAGGAUUAUCUGCACUGCUGCUGCUGCUACAGGUCGGCUGGAGGUUCCCUGUAUGAUGCCAUGCAACACUCCUUUAUAUAAAAGCAUGUGGAGACUCUCUUCUCUCUUAUAUCGGCAUGCACAAGACGUUACCUCAUGUUUAAUUUUUACAUUUUUGUUUUUCCUUCUUCGACCCUCAUCUUCUUCUCCUGGAAUUUUUUCUCUCAUUUGUUUUCACCAAAAGUGCACUGGCUAUUUAUUAUAAGUUAUUUUAAAGCAUUUUAAGUGUUGAAUGUUAAAAGCAUUAAGGGAACAGGAACACUUCUUUUUCGAAGAUCAUGGCAUGUCAAAAUACUAAAGCAUUAUGGCCUAAUUAGCUAUGGUAUAGCUAUGUAUACUCAAUGCAUGACUACAGUAUUAAAUUGCUUGCAGUUGUGGAGGGACCUCGGGAGCUGGGGGAUGAUGAUGAUGAUUCUCCUCAUUAUUGUCGAGCUAACGACAGGAUACGGUGCAUGACGGAGCAAACUGCUGAAGGGGACAAAUCUGCUGAAAAAACAAAAAAACAAAAACAAGAAAAAAAAAUAUCAGAAGA